CUUCUUGAUUCUUGUACCAACAGUCUAAACGCCUAUACCACACUACUACAGCCCAACAACCGAACCUAGACACCGCCGGCAACUAUAUACCCGAAUGUCCCACUCCCCGCCGGCAGAACAUCAACCUGACCUCGAACACGAGGCGUACCACAACGGACAUGAACACGAGGGAGGCGGCGAGUAUGAAGAUCAGGGGGAGCAUGACCUCGUUCAGAGCACACAGCACCUGACUGUUGACGUUGACGUGCCGACGUCUGUGCAGUCUUCCCCCGGUGCUCCGCCCACGCGCACCGUUGCGAUCAUCAAGAACCAUGCCCUCGACCGCAGACUUGAUAUCGAGCACCGGAUCCUCGAGUCCAAGUUCGAGAUCGUCAAGGAGCGGCAAAUGGAGUUUGACACCGACUCCGAUCCCGAGACCAUGUUUGAGAUUUUCGGCGAGGAUGCGCAGUUCUUAGGAGACGGCCCAGUCUGGGUAUAUGUGCUCGAGCGCCGCCGCGCCGUCCAGGUCCUGCGCUCUCUCCUCCCCUCACUCGGAGACGCUAUCAUCGCAGCGCAAGACGACCACCAAGCCGAGAUGCAGAUCGCCUCGGUCUUCGCCUCCUCGCCGCCCUUCCACGUCUCGGACCUCCCCCCAGAAAGUCCACCGUAUAGUCCGCAAUACGACCCCAGCUCAAUGCGCUCCGUCAACUCGGCUGUGCUCGAGGCGCUGCGCCUCGGCGUAUCCGAAGGCGCGAGCACACCCUCUGCCACGUCUCCCAACGGCACCAGCUCCCCAGGAAACAGUAGAGCGCGCCCGAGCCUCUCCUCGAGCGGCGGAAGCAACUCCUACUUCCGGGCGCGCGAGAUCCCGCGCACGCACACCGCGCCCGACAUCGCGCCGCGCCUCACCAAGGCCGCGAUGCUCAGACAAGGCAUCGCGUUCGACGACGCGACCGGCAAAAAGAUGCACGCCAAGUCGCCCUCUGCGUCCGUCGCGAGCACGGGGCGGCUGCCGACCGUGCAGCGGCAGAAGACCGCGGCGGAGGUCGCGGCGGAGAAGGAGAGGCAGCGCCAGACGUUCGCGAAUGUGCCGGGCCACAAGCGCGCGGAGACGAUUGCGGUCGCGAGCACGGCGGCGCCGGCGAUUCAGCCGAGGUUGACGAAGGCGGCGCAGCUGAGGCUGGGCAUUAAGGAGGCGACGCCGCCGCCGGGCAAAAGGCGCGUGUCGGGGAGCGGGACGCCGGUUUCGCCUGGGACGCCUACUAGGAGCAGGUUGAGUACUCCCUCGAGAAGCGCGAGUGUGAGCGCUGCGGGGAGCCCGGUGGUCGCGAGUCCGGCGCGGUCAGUUGGGGGUAUCGGUAGCGGGGUGAACAGUCUCGUCGCGAAAGUGAGGGCGAGCGCGGUGGCGCAGGCGGCGCAGAUGGACAAUGGCGAUGCGGGCGAGGAUACGGAGACGGAGGCACGCAGAAGGAACACGUUCGAGGGUGUUCCUGGGCAUAAGCGCCGCGAGAGCAUUCAGGUCGCGAGCUUGAGCAAGGCGCCGAGUAUUGCGCCGCGGCUCAACAGGAGCGCGGCGCUCAGGAAGGAAGGAGGGGCGGCGCCGCCGAGCAGCUUUAUGUUCCGCACGGCCUCGCAGCCCAAACUCCCCGGCUCGGGCUCCGCCCCGCCCUCGCGCAGCGGCUCCGCUUUGAGCAUGACCAGCGGCAACACGAACACGAACGGGAAUGGGAACGGGAACGGUCACACGCGCUCCCUCUCGCGCUCCUCCUCCCGCACGGGUGCGGGCGGCCGCCCGUCGCUCUCCAAUGCGCCCAGCAGCUACAUGUCCAACGCAUCGAGCACCGCCUCGAGCUCGGCGCUGAGCUCGGGCUCCGCGGACGACGAGCACCGCGGGAGACCGCCGCCCGCGAGGCGGCUGAGCAGUCUCGGUGCGCCGAGCAUCGCGCCGAGGCCGAAUAAGAGCGCGAUGCUGCGCGCGCAGAAGAUGAACGCGAUGGGUGCGGCGGCGCAGCCGCAGCCUGCGAAGGUGUUUCGGUGAACCCCGCCGUGUUUUGCUGGUGAACAGUGCGCGGUGGCGAGGUUUAUCGACGGCGCGGGUAGUUCGGAGGACGCUGUGCGCGAGUUCAUGUUCUUGCUUCCUGUCGCUGGGGACACUGACCAAGGCGAGGAACGGCGGUGCUCGUGUGCAUAUGCACGUAUACUGUACAUACAUACACGGUUGGGUGGUUCUAUAGGGUGCUUUAAGUUUAUUCGCGUUUCCUACCUUUUGGCCUUUCUUCGUUCUCUCUUUUCUUUUUCAUCAACUUGUUUAUCUUCCUUGGCCUCCCGCAGGACCGUUGCCCCUCUCCCACUCUUCCCCUUCUUCCCCCAGAUUCUUGUUGAUUUUUCUUUUCUUUUGCCAUAUACCACACUAUGCGACAUUCUUUUAUCUCCUGUGUAUGUAGAGUAGGGCCUGGGGUGGGUUUACAGUAUGUAUGCCAGUGUUCUUUUAUCGACCCGUGGGAAGUGGGUUCGAUGGUGCUUUUGUAUUCUUGGUAUGUUUACUUGUCAAACUAAGAAAGAAAGAAAGCCAAAAUGAUAAAUGUUGAGC